CGUCCGUUCAUUCGAUUGCGAGAUGCCAGGAAAGAACCACCUUGGAGAAGAUGACGCGGAAAAGAAGCGUAAGAGAAAACCUCCCAAAUCUCCGUAUAGAGCUCCCAAAGGGCCUGGUACCAAGAGACACAAGGGCUCCAGAAAACCCGACAGCCAGCAACAACAGGCGAUGGAGACGUCCAGUCAACUGAAGGAAGGGGCUGGUGCUACCACAAUGUUAGUACACCAGGUGGUAUCCUAUGUGUUGCCCAGUACUCAGGAGGAAUCUGCACUCGAUGUCACACCGCACGAGUCCACAAAAUUGGGUCCCGCAAGCACCACCAAUGACAAGGUCGCUUUUAGUCCAGUCGAAGACAAGGUCGCUUUCAGUGCAGUCGAAGACAAGGUCGCUUUUAUUCCUGUCGAAGACAAGGUCGCUUUUAGUCCAGUCGAAGGUGAAGACGAAAACGAGCUGCCCAAGAAACUGUUCCGCGACGUCUCUUAUGUCCCGCCCGAAGAAGCCCUGGAAGCUAUACGGGAGGGACGUCGCCAAUCAGUAUGGCAACGCACGAAGAAAGAGGAUAGUGUACCUUCGCAAGAGGCUCAUCUGGUGUCGGUUCUUAAUCGCAUAGCACCCAACGAGGAACCGGACCUCAAGGAAAAAGGCCAGCAAGAUAAGAAGGUUGCCCAAGCCAGGAGUCCAUCAGGAAGGUCCCCCGCUAUGGUUGCCAGGACAAAAAGACGCUCACUGUUCUCUAAGUUCUACGACAGAUAUCUCUCGAGGAAACCUGGUGAUGUUUCCGAGUUGUCCACACGGGAAUGGAUCACCGUCUGUGGAGGAAGCAUCAUGCUACUUACUAUCCUGUGUGUCACAGCGAUAAUAAUGCUCAAGGUGCGCAAGACACCCGUAACUCUGGUCGACUGCAACAGCGCCGAGUGCAAGAAUCUAUUCCAAGAGCUCGUCAUGAACGUCAACGACAAUGUCGACCCCUGCGCUGACUUCUAUGCUUUCGUGUGCGGUGCAGGCCGGAAUGGCUUUGUAGCGACCGCGUCUACCUUUUUUAUCCGACACCUCAAUGCGACACUCAUGGCUGCCCCUGAACUGACUUCUUCUGACCAAUACGGUUCCCAUAUAAUGAUCAAGUUCUACCAGGUGUGCUACGCCUUUAUGAGCAACAAAGCAAGCGUUUCCCUCGGCGACAUGGCGAUGACCGCGAGUAUUUUCCUUGACCUCCCAUAUAUGGUAGACAGCAAAAACAUAUCCGACGUCAUGAUGCACCUGUUCAACGUUACCCUUUCCAAAGGGAUAUCCACAACGUUCAAACUGGAAGUCCUAAGAAAUGACACUUACAUAUACGGUCAUUUUCAGACGGAAACUUCGAUACGAGUUAAGAUGGCAAGAACACUGGAGGACUUGCAUGCGGGUCAGGCGAUGCCCCUUAUGUCCGACGGUGAGCUUGAGACUUACAUGAACCAAGUCCUGCAUAGCUUGGGAUUCGAUGACAACGCGUCGGAACUCGUCAAAAUGGACAAGGAUGUCGAGAAAACGCUGAGUACGCCUAUGGCUUCCAGGUACCUCGAGUUCCAAGAGCUUGCUCAACUGGUAGCUCCAUACUCGCCCGAAGCACUCCUCAAACUAGCGAAUCAGCUUCUUCCGCGCACGCGUCAAUUGCGUUCUGUCCAUGAAACGAUCUACGCUGAAGGAAUUGAGCAAGCGCUCGCUUUACGGAAUCUUACCGAAGAUCAACCUGUGCUGGGAUGGUCUUUGUACUAUGCUCUUCACUUGCUAACUAGUGUACUUCGUUUCUAUAGAGUCCCAAGCACUGAGCCGAGGACCAUAGCCAUGGCGUGCCUGGGAAUGACCCGAAACCUCCUGACGCACACAUGGCCCUAUUUGGUGAGCAGGACUCUACAUAGCCCAGCACCCAAAGUCGUCGAGAUGGGCAGAAGCAUACUAAGCACUAUAACCGCCGCAAACUUGAACCAAUGGAUGGAUACUGCAAUGAGUAUCCACGUCGACUCGAAGCUGAAGAAACUCUCUCUCAUUUCCUACGAAGAAUCGAAGCUGAAAAUCAUAGCAGCAGAUGUCAGCUACUUAAGAUCUAACGUGAAAGACGACGAUUUUGUGAAGAUGUUUCUGGCUUUGACCAAGUUUGAAACGGAUCUUCUGCAGCAAGUCCCUCCUACGUCGAAUACAUACACGCUAAGUUUGCAUCAGCUCACUUCGAACUUGACGUACGACGACGGCGUCAACUCGAUCGUGGUACCUUCGGCUUACCAGGAGCCACCCUUUAUGUACGCGGGCGACGACAUCGCCUUUUACUUCAACUACGCGACGCUAGGAGCGCUCUUUACACGGGAGGUGAUACACGCAACGAGGCCGUCGUGGUCUGGUGCCAAAAAGUUUGCUGUCUUCAUGGACUGCAUCAAGGAGGUGCAUCGAAGCCUAGGAAUGCACGAUGCCGAGGACGAGGCUGCGUGGAAUAGAAGCGCUUUUGCCUUGACUUUCGGAGCUCGCCUGACGUAUGACGUUGUUCGGCACCUUGUUAAGGAGAGAGGGGAGGACAUAUUUACUAGUAGCUGGCCUAAUGUUGAAACGGUACUCUUUCUUCGCCUGUGCAUGAUGUCCUGUGGACAAGAAGGGAAACCCCUCGUACCUAGAGAACAAUGUCUUCUGCCGCUUCACGCAAACCCGGAGUUUAUGCGACAUUACGAGUGCGUGGACAAACCCAAUUUCAAAAUGACUCCCUGUACAUCGUCCAUAUUUGCGUAGAAACCAGGCACUGCAAUCGGUUGCCCAAUCCACUGCUUGUAAUGCCCACCAAAGGAUCGUCGCUGGCGUGCCAAGCAAUAAAUAGAGCA